CUGUUGGUUUUCGUUCUUUUUCUGGAUGGCGUGCCACUGUAACACCACUGCCGUUUGCCAGGUUUGCCGGAAGACGAGGACUCCCAGAAAAAAUCUAUUGCGACAAUGCGACAAAUUUUGUAGGUGCCGAUCGCAAGCUGAGAGAGCUGAUAGAGGCGUUUCGAGAGCACAAGGACGAUCUGGCAUACUAUGCUGCACAAAGGGGCAUAGAGUUUGUCUUCAUACCACCCAGGGCACCUCAUUUCGGAGGAUUAUGGGAAGCGGCGGUAAAGUCGGCAAAACACCACAUACAACGAACAACCAACAGUGCGCUUCUUACCAGCGAAGAACUGCAAACAGUGCUCGUAGAGGUAGAAGCCCUGCUAAAUUCUCGGCCACUCAGUCCAUUGAGUCAAGACCCGAACGACAAAGAGGCGCUAACACCAGCACACCUGUUGAUAGGAAGUACUCUCCACACGCUGCCGCAAGAAUCCGCGCAAGGCGUCUCCGACAACAAAUUGACCACUUUGAAACGUUGGCGUCUGUUAUGCGAGCUCAAACGGAGGUUUUGGCAGGCCUGGUCGAAAGAUUACAUCCUACAGCUGCAGCCCAAGAACAAGUGGGUGUUCGAGCAGCCGAAUCUCGCAGUCGGCCGACUAGUCGUCGUCCAAGAAGACAACCUUCCCUCUCACCAGUGGAAGCUCGGAAGGGUGGAAGCCGUAACUACAGGUCGCGACAAUAAGGUCAGGGUCGUUGACGUCAAUACCAGCAACGGGAUUGUGAGACGUCCAGUACAUAAAUUGGCGGUGCUCCCGGAAAAUUGAACACAUAAGAGUGCUUCAACGCGGCCGGUGUUGAAUGUUUUCAUUUUUAUAUUGCAUUUUUUGUUUAAAGUAGUUAAAAUAAAACGCGUGCUGCUCAUUUUUUGUUGUCAAUAUGCAACCCAA